AUGGAAGAACAACAAAGAAAUGAUGACAUUCCAAUGAUUGACGGGGCAGAAGCUUCUUCUGGUAGUUCUUCCGCAGCAAAUAAUACUUUGUCUUCUUCAUCCUCUUCAGCUCAACGCUUUUCUAUUGUGGAUGUACUUGGAAAUGAUGAUUCAAUGAAUAGCAGUGGAGGAGGGCUUUCUAGUGAUGGAAAAGAGGGAGGAAGUAAUUCUGCUAUAGCUACUAUUGUUCCUGUGCCUCCGGAUCCGAUGCAUUCGAAAUUGCCUCGAAUUUGGAGUAAAACAGAUCGUUGGUCACUCCCCCAGCAAAAUAAUAGUGUUAGCCAGCAAUUGCCAAUAUUGGAACUUUCUGCCGAUUUUUUGCGUGUUACUAAACGCAAAGGAACUAAUCAAAACAGUAAAGACGCCGCAGCCGUUCGUGCAAAUAGACCAAUUCCACGUUCUUGUAUUGUUUAUUAUUUUGAAAUUACUGUUGUUAGCAAAGGACAAGAUGGGUUAGUUUUGAAAAUUAUUGUAGUUAAUACUCUAAGGGGUUAA